AUGGAGAUCAGGUCAAACUUCUCGGUCACACUCACCCAGGCCCGCACAUGGAAACUAUCCUUCACGGUCAUGUCGUUGUACACAAUCUGGGCAAGGGUGGUUUUGCCAAUUCCGCCAAACCCGACUAUCGGGAUCACCGAAACAUCGUCGUGGCAGACCUCAUUGCCUAGCAACAUGUCAAUAACAUUCUCCUUAUCCUCAUCCAGUCCGUACACGUGGGACUCGUUCACUAGGGAUGUGCUCGGCGGUCUAAUCCCGGUUGACCGGCUGCAUGAGCCGCCCACGUUCUCCACCAAUUUUAUUAUUGGUUCCCUUUAUUCUGGACAUGAGGCGGUAAUUGGAGACAAGGGCGCCUGGCAUGUAGCUAGAGCAGGUGGGGAUGAAUCUGCAGACUCUGCUCCUUCGUUUGCAGUUUUGGGCCUGUUCCUCCGAGUCCUGGACCAGGGCAUGGGUCUCGAUCUCAUCCAGAAGGUCAUCCAGAUCUCGCGGAGGGACUCCAGCCACAGUUUCACGGAUAUCUCGGUGAAUUGCUUCUCCUCAGCAUCAUCUAGGACUGCCUUGAUGAUGGACAGGCUCUGGCUUAGCUUCUUGAAAUGGCUCUCGACUUUUUCACGGCGGGCCAGGGCCAUGGUUCUGGGGGGAAGAAUCACCAAAAAGGCCUCUUCACAUAAAAAGAAAAACAAAAAAGGAACA